AUGAAUGGAUAUAAAGAAGAAGCCAUUUUCCGGUCAGCGGAAAUGUCUUUACUUCAAUUCUAUAUUCCUCAAGAAAUUUCAAGAGAAGCAGUAUACACCUUGGGGAAACAAGGUAUUGUUCAAUUCCGUGAUUUAAAUUCUACAGUUCGUUCCUUCCAACGUUCUUAUGUCAACGAAAUAAGAAAAUUAGAUUCUGUUCAAAGACAAUAUCGUUAUCUUUACACACUUUUGGAGAAACAUAAUAUUCAACUGUUAGAAACAGAAGAUCAAUUAGAUGUCAACAAUAUUGAAUUUCCGAGCACAUCUACCAUUGAUGAUCAUGUUGAAAAUGCCACCAUUCUUGAGAAGCGUUUAAUUCAAAUGGAAGAUGCCAGAGAACAAAUUAAAUUGCAGAAAACAGAUUUGGAGCAAUUCAGAUAUGUAUUGCAAGCUGGUGACCAAUUUUUUAAUACAAGUAGCGAUAACAUUAAUCCAAGUGAAGAACAUCAAUCUUUAGGUAGACGGGACAGUAUUGAUUUUGAAGCUACUACUAUGGGACAACAUGGUGUAAGUUAUGUAACUGGUGUUAUUCCAAGAAACAAAAUUGCAAGCUUAGAGCAAAUCCUCUGGAGAGUAUUAAGAGGUAAUUUGUUAUUUAGCAACAUUGAAAUUAAUGAAUCUAUCUAUGACUCUAACUCGAAACAAUACAUCGCUAAAAAUGCAUUUAUUGUCUUCUCACAUGGUGAUUUAAUUCUAGAUAGAAUUAGAAAAAUAGCAGAAUCCCUAGAUGCUAAACUAUAUGAUGUUGAUAAAUCAGCAGAAAGACGGUCUCAUCAAUUACUUGAUGUAAACAAGAGCUUAGAGGAUUUAUACACUGUUUUAGAGACCACUACCACCACCUUAGAAAGUGAGCUUAUUGCAAUCUCAAAGGAAUUAAAUAAUUGGUUCCAAAUAAUUUGUAAAGAAAAACAUGUUUAUGAAGCCUUAAAUAUGUUCAAUUUUGAUGCUAACAGAAAAAUUCUAAUAGCUGAAGGUUGGGUACCAAAAGAUGAAAUAUAUAAUUUGCAAGAAUGUCUAAAUGAAAUGACGACCAAUUUAGGCCUUGAUGUUCCGUCUAUUGUCCAAGUUUUAGAGACUAACAAAACUCCCCCCCACUUUUCAUAG